UUUUUUGGCAUUUCAUUUGUCUUUUUGUAAGCAAAGAGAGUGAAAGAGCCAAAAAAAAAAUAAAAUAAAAAAAAAUAGUAAUAAUACACAAUAAAUUAGGAAAAUUCAGAAAGACCACAAGAGCAAUAAGCAAAUUAUAUAAAAAACAAGAAAGAUGGGAAGAGCUCCUUGUUGUGAGAAGAUGGGGUUGAAGAAAGGGCCAUGGAGUCCUCAAGAAGACAACAUUCUCAUCUCUUACAUUCAAAAUAAUGGUCAUUCUAAUUGGCGUGCCCUUCCUAAACUUGCUGGAUUAUUGAGAUGCGGGAAGAGUUGCAGACUGCGGUGGACUAAUUAUUUGCGUCCAGAUAUAAAAAGGGGAAAUUUCAGCAAGGAAGAAGAAGACACCAUUAUCCAGCUUCAUGAAAACCUUGGCAAUCGAUGGUCUGCAAUAGCAGCAAGAUUACCGGGACGAACGGAUAAUGAAAUAAAAAAUGUUUGGCACACUCACUUGAAGAAGAAGCUCAAGAAUUAUCAACCUCCUCAAAAUUCCAAAAGACACUUCAAAACUAAUCAUGAUUCCAAAAAGGGUCCUACUACUGAAUCAUCCAAUAAUUCUGAUUUUAGUACUAGUGCUAAUAAUACCAACACACAUAAAAAACACAUGAAAAUUGCCCCCAACUCACCAGUACUUUCAUCUAGUGAAAUGUCAACUGUGACAUUAGUAGUCGAUGAUCGUCAAAGGGUGAUUAUUAAGGAAGAAAAAAUAGAGUCGCCAUUGGAGUAUUUUCCUAAGAUCGAUGAGAGUUUCUGGACAGAAGAAUUGUCAGGGGAGAAAAAUAAUGAUAACGACUACGUUAUGGCUGCUGGUCUUGAUCAAGAUAUACAAGCUCAAAUUCAAUUGUCCAGUGUGAAGGAAGAAAAUUUGGACAAUACUAGUACAAAAAUGGAGGAGGAUAUGGACUUUUGGUACAAUGUUUUCAUAAAGACUGGGGACUUUCUAGAAUUACCGGAAUUUUGAGGGGUCUAUUUUGAUUAUUCUGUAAAUUUGAGAUUAGUGGUAUUCUAGCUAAUAAUAGGUUGUAGGAAUUUUUGGAGUCGGCAAGUUUGAAACUUUAUGUUUUGUUUAAUCUUGACUAUCAAAAAAAAAACAAAAAAAAUAAUUCCAAGUUGGGACCAUUAGAUAA